AUGAAUUCUGCAACAGAACUUCUUGAAAAAGAGGAUGCAGGUGUAUGGUCACAAAAUUUAAUUGCUUUGGCAACAGCAUCAUCUGGAGUAUCUGUAUCUCUUUUACCUGGAGGUCCAACUGCUCAUUCAAGAUUUAAGAUACCUUUGGAAACAGUCGGUGAAAUAUGUUGUUCUGUUAGCAAACAAUCGGCAUUAGGAACUUUGUUGAAAAUGUCUAGGUUAAUUAUUUGGGAUGAAGCACCGAUGGUCAAUCGUUCUGCUGUAGAAGCUGUAGAUAAAAUACUAAGAGAUAUUACCGACUGCAAUUUACUCUUCGGUGGGAAAGUUGUAGUUCUAGGAGGAGAUUUUUGUCAAAUUCUCCCAGUUGUACGGAAAGGGAAAAAGCAUGAUAUAAUGAAAGCUAGCUUAAUUUUUUCAGACUUGUGA